AUAAAGACAAAUUUGUAAACAAGCCGAUCUAACCUCCGAGUUUGGCGUUUGUAAUUUGAAUUUGUUUGAAUAUUAUUGGACUUUUAUAUGUGCUUUUAAAGCAGCUGCCACUUAACAACAUACACUUGUAAUCCCAAGCCGCUGAAAGGAUUCUCUUGCAAAUGCUCUGGCGGAUUGCAUAAAGGGUCAUCCAAGAAGAACUGCUUUAAAUUAAAGCUAUUCUUUAUGGAUAUUGAUACCAAGAGGACCCCUAAAGAGGCUGAGGAGAUUUUGAACUUUGCCAAACUUUCCAAAGACGACCUCCUACCGACAUCGCAAGCACUCUAUUUCUCGCGUUCCAAUGUCCACGAUAACUCCUUCUGUUUCUUGCAGUUGAGCAAUGAGCUGCUUAAAUGCGUAGAAAACCAUGAGCCUCUUGUUAUUAAAGGAUGCAACAACGAUGACUUGGUGAUCUGCUCAGACACCACAACGUUCCAUGUGACCAGUUCUGAGACCUCGAAUAAUAUGCUGCUGGUGAAGCCGGCCACUAUGUUUGAAGAGUUGAAAACCCAAACUGAAGAGCGUGUGGAAUCUAUAGAGGUUUGUGGCAUUUUCCAAAUAUACCUGGAGGCUCAGGUUGGAAAGUGCUCAUUGCACAGACUUUCUGAAAUGCUUAAGAACAGCGUGUACAAAGGGCCUGAGUAUGAAAGGCACGUCGAUCCUGAUCAACUGUAUACAAUGCAGCAGCUGAAAAAUGUAGUUCAAGCCUCCGAUGCUGAACUACUGGAAGCUUUGGAUUCUAUGGACGUUAUCGAGAUUGAAGGAUUCGUUCGAGAGCUGGAGUUUGACUAUCACUUCAGGGUGCUGUCGUAUAUGUUGAAAAUAAUCGAUGAAAACUCCUGGACGAUUUCCACUGUUGACUAUGAUGUUACGUGUGAUUCCCUAAAGGAAAUUGUACCGGAAGCGAUUAUAGAAGCCUUAUUUAAAAAGUACACAUCGGAGUUUCGGAUCAUUGAUGGCGCGCGGCUGUUUAAGUACAAACCGCAAGAGGUCUGCCAGAUCUUUGCCAGGGCGAUUUUGCGGUCAGCGGCCAAAUUUAACUUGGAGGAGUUCUUGCAGGCCUGGCAAGAGUCGGUCCCAGAAGGAAUAGUUACCAACGAGGAAAUGCUGUACGGAAUCGCUAUUAUAAACAGAAAAUCCAGUCCCAAAGUGAUCUGGGAGUUCGAGGAGGCCCUUCUGCCGGACGAUAUUAAUGAGCGUCUCCAUAUGCUUUUCGAAGCCAAGGACAAGUGGACGGUUGCAGAAAUCGCUCCAUAUAUCAAACGACUGGCCACCAACAAGCUGGAUGUGAAUGCGUUACUGGCAAAAUACGCUCGGGCUUCCAAAGUGGGCGGAGUUAAAUAUUAUUCAGCCAAACAUACCAGCUAGUUUUAAAUUAAAAACUUGCAUUAGUAAACAAGCAGUUUUUUUAACGCUUGACCAUCUUUUCUGCGGAAAAACUGCUGGCUUUAUUUUGCUAUAAAAAUUAAAAAAUAGAAAUUUCUUCAGAAUGCAUAAUAAGAAAAUUUUACUUAUUAGGUAUGUUUGGGCUAAAAAAGUGGAAAACACAUACAUACAAAUUUAAUUAGUUGUCAUCACCAAACUCUGAAGCUUUAGUUCAAUUAAAAUUGCAUUAGGAAAAUUA